AUGAACGCCGUCAAGACGACGCAUUUGCUGCUGGCCGUCCUGUCGAUGUCAUUCGCCUCGACCGGAGCCCUAGGUAAUACGCUUUUUACUAUACGCCUUUUUUUUUAUUUAUUUAUUUAUUUUCAGCGUUUGGGGAACAUGCGGUUUUUUGGUGUUAACGUAAUUGCGUUCAUUUUUACCGAUUUCAGUAAUUCAAACGUAUUCGAUUUGUGUGUCGGGACAGCGAAUGAAAAAUUCGCAUUACUCGACGAUGAUAGAAUUUCAAAAUCCAUCGGGGGCUCGUUAAUAUUUUCCCCUGAUUCUAUAGUUUCGUCUAAUUGAGAAAAAACUCUUUUUUUUCUUCGUUAUUUUAGGACUUGUGGUUUUUUAAAAAUGUAAUCAGUUUCAAAAAAUCAGUUUUGGCGCGAAUUUGAAUGUGUUACCAAACAUCAGGUAUAGGUACCUGCGGUUACCAUACUUAUAAGGUCGUGUUAAUAACGUUAUUAAUCUGAGAUACUGACAAAGUGGGAUUGAUUUCAGUCACAGUAGUAACCAUAGAUAAUACAUAAUUAUGCACUAUCUAUGGUAACCCAUAGUCGAUGGUGGUAACCCAAUAAACCAGAAACCGGGUUAAGGUGCCUUCACAGCUUACCGUGAAACGUAAAAUAUUCUGGGACUGUGAUUGAUAAAACCAUGUGGUUAUUAUGUAGUGGUUAAUCAGUGGUCAGUUAUCAAUCAUGGUGAAUAAAUUAUAAAUUAUCACGUUCCACAGUGAGCUGUGAAGGCACCUUUUAGAGAACCUGAUACACCCGUAAUAAUGUAUAACCUACUUCGCUCAGAAUCGGUCUUUGUUAGCAAUAGUUAAUUUUUUCUUACUGAUAUAAAUUAAAUAACUUUAUGUAUCCUAACCUCUCAACAUCCCACAUCCCACCUACAAUAAUGGUGCACCAAAAGCAGUCUCGGUUUUUUUUUUUUUACAAUGUUUUUGUUGUUUCUAUUUCUGUUUUCUUUUAAGAAAGUGAGUACAUAUGUUAAAUUUCAUCUCAAAAUUUUUAGAAAUUGUGUAAAAUAAUUUUUACCUUGUGAUUGAUGAUAAUAUUUGUUUUGAUUUAAAUUUAAUUGCAAUUAUAAGACUAAACCGACCAUUUAAAUGGCACCCACCUUAUGAUUUUACCUUUAUUUCUGUCAUAUAAAUAAUUCACAGAAAUAAAGAAAUAAAGAGGUUUUUUUAAAUCAUAAUAGUAUUAUUAUAAUUGCAGAUGAAUUUCAAUACAUACCCUCUCUCGCCAAGCGGAGUUCCGGUUGUUACGGGCCGAAAGGAGGUAAUAUAAUAUUGCUAUUGUUAUUACAGUUAUAGUUUUAAGCAGGCUUGAAUUUUGUAUUAUAUAUAUAACUUUAAUUUUGUUUUUUAAUUAAGUAUAGAUACCUAAGCAUAAUACCUACAUUCAAAUAUAAUCCUAAUUAUUGACGCAAAUAGGAGAGGGGCUUGUAGGGGUUAGUCCUUAAAAAUGUAUUCAUGCUCCUUCCCAAAUCGAGUCUUUAUCAAGUAUAUAAAUACUAAUUGUAGUAUGUACAUAAUCAAUAUUACGGCGGACUUAAACUUAGACCCUAAAUAUUUGGACUAUAGCACCUAUGAACCUAAGUUCUAAUACAAAUAUAAGUUAAAAUCAAUAUUUUACAGUGUUUUUAACAUGAAUAAUAAUUAUCUAUAACAGAUUUAAACAGUUAUAAAACAUAUUAAUAUUGUACAAAUGUACAACACAUUUAUGUCUCCGUCCUACAGGUACAUGAUGCCGAUAGGAUAUAGGUAAUUAAUUUUAGAUUCUGAUUGUCUCAUUGAAAAUAUUCAUUUUACGAUAAGAUUUGUCUUUUUGAGUUUUUAUGUGUUUAAGUGCAGACAAUGAUAGGUACAUAAAAUAAUUAUUAAACAAAAUGUUUUUAUAUUCUGUUCCAUAAUAAUUGCUCAUUAAAUACUCAAUUAUAUUUGUACCAAAUAUGAAUAUCUUCAAAAUAUAACUUUUUUUUAUUGUAUUUAGUUGGAGGGGGCCAUGUCCUCAUGCACCACUUAUAUGUGUGCGUGUAAAUCGAGGCUUGCUUUGCGGUGGGAAGUAUGUUCAGCUUGUUUUUUUAAGUUUCUCAAUUUAAUGUUUUGUAUAACUCCUCGUAUUAGCCCUUGUAUUAUAAUCGUCCAAUAAUUUAUACUGAUAUACAUACUACAAUAUACUCAUAUACAUGUACAAUAGACAAUAUACAAUAAUAAAAUAAUAAAGUAAAAACAAAAUUAUUAAAUGUUUACAAUGUUAUAUAUAUAAUAUAAUACUAUUCCAAAAAUAACUAUAUUUAUUUUGUGACUAGGUAAAUGUAUUAACGAAGCUGUGUGCUUAAAAUUAAAUGGCGUGGUAAAUGGAGUUUGUCAGAACCCUGUAAAUCAUACUAAGGAGGUUUGUUGCUCUUGUAAGUAUAUAAGUUAAUAGUAUAUAAUAUGAAUUACUGAAGUAUAUCUUUAUUAUUAUAUUAAUAGCACUGUGUUGAUAAAUUUAAAAAUUAAAUGGUUUGGUACCUUAAAAACUAUAAAAACAUGUUCUAAAAUGGGUACUAAAUUGAAAAGGCUGCCUGAUUAACCAAAGAUAUUAGAAUAAUUUGAAAUAUUUAUUAUUUAUUUAUUUAUUUCAGCAUACUCAAAUAACAUAUAAUCUUAUAAUAUUAAAAUUACAUUGAUAAACUGAUAUGUAUACCAAUUAGUGUGUGCUCGUAACUGGUAUACAGAGUUCUUACAGUUAAGUAAUUUGUUUAACUUAAAAAUAAUUAUACAAUUAAAAUAUAAUUUAGUUCAUUAAAUAUAAUAUAUAGUAUUAGAUAAUAUUAUUAACCCAAAAUUACAACAAUGGUACAUAGAAUAUUUAUAUUUAAACAUAUUUACUUUUUGUAAUCUUAUUAACACACACAUUCUCAUCAAGCUCAAUAACUAUUCUAUUGAAUGCUUUUUUAAUAAUUAUAUCAUUGGUAUUGUUUGAAUAAGUUUCACAUACAUUUUUUUAUUAAACUCUUUACCUAUAUAUUUAGAUUAUUAAAUAUUGUCUUACUUAUGUAUUGGGGGGAUUUCUUGAACUGGUUAAUAAUGUAUAUGGGGGUUUAAUGAAUUUCCUAUUCUUUUGUUCAUAAUUCCUGUAGUGUUAAGUAUGUGCAUUAGUAUGGAUUUUAUUAAAAUUUGUCUAAUGUAAAGUUUAUAAAUAUAUUUGUAUGGUUAAAUAAAUCCCCUGAAGGGUAAUCAUUUUUUGGGUAGUAAGUAAUGCAUUGAUAUCUGAUUUAUUUGUGCCUCCUCAACAUGUUAUGUCAUAUAAUAAAACUGAAUUACACAACGUCAUGUAUAUUUAUGAUUGAUUUAUCAAGAAAUUAAAUUUUUUUAAAUAAUUUAGUUAGGUCCUCAUUUUAUUUUUAAUGUUCUGUAAGCGUUCUGUCCAAUAAAAGUUGAAAUCAAUUGUCACUACUAUAUAUUUAAAUGAUCACACUAUUUUAAUAAGUUUACAACUGCAGUUUGAUAUAUUAUUGUCACAUUUGUGUAUUUUAAUGUUGUAUCCAUUUGAGAGUUAUGAUGAAAAACAUUAUAAUACAACUUCUAGAGUUGAAAACUAUCCUAAAUACAAAUUUUAAUUUAAUUAUAUAUAUUUGAAAUAUAUAGAAUAUGGAUAAAUUAUUUAUAAAAUAAAAAUAAAAGUAUCUAUUAUCUAUAUGACUAUAUUUAUUUAUAUAUUUAUAUGACACCUUUGUAUAAAGUGAUUGAAGUCACCAAAAUCUAUACUUGACUCUUGAGAAGAAUUAGUACCUAAGUUUUUUUUAUAUAAAAUCUAUCAUAGUACCAAUUAUUUUAUCAUUUAAAAUUUAAUAAAAUGUUUUUUACAUGGUGAUUGAUGGUCAUAUUUGAUCUGAUUUUAACUUAAUUAUAAUUAUAAGGCUAAACUGAUUAUUUAAGCUCUACCUAUGAUAAAUAAAUCUAACAAAUAAAUAUGGUUAUUAUGGUUAAUAGUAAUUUAAAAAUAUAUAUAUAUAUAUAAUAACAUUAUUAGUUCCAGAAUAUCUUCAAUCCACACUUCUAGUCGUGGCAGGACCCCAAUGUGAGGAGCCUGAAGGAGGUAAUAGAAUAUUGUUAUUAAAAUUACUUAGGAAGCCUCAAAUUUUUUGCAAUGUAUAACUUUAAUUUUGUUUCUUUUUUAGUGCCAAAUAUAGGUAACUUAAAAGUUUAACUUUUUUUUUUUUGAAAUAGAGUUGGAAGGGGCAUUUAUACUUUGGACACUAUGUGCUCCUGCACCUAGUCAUAAUGCAACGUUUAUUUAGCUUAUUUUUUUCUUUAAAUUUCUUAGUUUUAUGUUUUAUAUAAAAUGUCUUUUAAAGUAGUUUAUACCCAUAUACAUAUAAUAUAUAUUAUACAAUAUACUAAUACGCAUAUACAAUGAAAAAUAUACUGUUAUAUAGUGUUAUAUAUAUAAUAUAGUAUAAUUCCAAAAUUAACAUAUGACAUUAUUGUUUUUUGUGACUUCAGCUAAAUGUAUUAACGAAGCUAUGUGCUUAGAAUUAGAUGGCGUUGUAAACGGAACUUGUCAUAACCCUGGAUAUACUUCUAAAGCAGUUUGUUGUACUGGUAAGUAUAUACACAAUAUUUAUAAUUAUAUAUUAUUAUAAUCUAUAUAAUAUACAAGAUAACAUGUCUUGGCUGAUUCAUAAUCGCAAUUCACAGCUCAAACCACUGGAAGGAUCGUGCUGAAAUUUGGUAUACAGAUAGUUAUUAUAACGUAGGCAUCUGUUAAGGAAUUUUGAAAAUUAAACUCCUAUGAUGGUAAUAUAUGGGUUUUACAUAUUUUUGAUACAAAUAUCUAAUUGUUUAUUCAUGUAACAUGUAGGGCUUACAUUUCGAAGUACAAUAAAUAACAAAACAAGUAUCCAAUUGUUUGAAAAAAGCAUAACCAAAAGCUAACUUAAAUUAUAAUUUACUUUAAUAAAAAAAAAUUAUUUUAAAUUAGAAAAUGAAUUAACAACCAUAAUAUUUAGUCAGAUAGUCUAUUAUAAAACUUAAUCUAUUACCAGACAAAAUGUUAUUGUACAUAGAAAACUAAUUCUCUUCAGUGUAGUCUACACUCACAGCAGUAAUUGGUGCUUAUAUCAUACAAGCUGAUUCGUUAUAGCAUAAUAAACAUAUUAGAAUUCUUCAACUUGAAUAAUUACAAAAAUUCAAUAAAAAAACAUUUAUGUAAAAAAAAAGAAUUAAUUUCUAUAGAAUCAAAAUUACCUAUAUGUUUGAAAUCUUUAGAAUAUGGAACAAAUUUUUUCAGAUAAAGAUGUCAUUGUAUAUUAUUAUAAUGGAGAUUUAUUUCAUAAAGUAACAUUAGUGUUAUGACAUGUAGUCAUUAACAUCCUGUAAUAAUUAGAUAUCUGUAUCAACUAUAUCCUUCACUUACUCAAGGUUUCAUAAAAUAAACAAUUUUAAAUUAAGAGGUAUAGGAAUAAUCAUUGUUAGGUACGUUCUAACUUUCGAAUUAUUUAAAGUGCCUAUAUAAUAUUUUUCAUAAUUAUUGUGUUAUAGUGAAGUCAGAAAGGGAAUAUAAAGGUAUUGGGAUAAAUGAUGACCUAAACAAAAUUCUUGCGUUCAAGUAUGUCAAUCCAAAUUUCCCAGGAGGAUUGAACGAAACAAGCAAACAUCACUUUAGGUUCAAAAAGGUAUCCAAGAAUGUAACUCAACUUCGUUUGGACUUUGUUACUUUUAAUUUGGUAAGUGUACAGCUACAUAUUAAAACAAUCGAUUUUCAAUGUGUACCUAUUAUAAUAAUAUGUUUGCACUUUUCAGGCACUGCCCAACGAAACGACUAAAAUUUGUACAGAGGAUGUAAUGAUUAUUAGUCAUGGAUCAUCUAAACAGUUAAAAAUAUGCGGUUCUUAUAGCGACAAACAUAGUAAGAGAUAUUUUUCUUCCAUACAUAACGAUAGUGUAUAACCAAUGUAGGGUUUUAUUAAUUAAAAUUACACAGAGUGAUUCAUUUAAGUGGUUACACUCAUUAUCUUUAAAAGUAUUAACUUUUUUCAGAUUUUUCAUUUUUUGAACACUUUAGAAACAAGCAGCUCUAAAAUAUAAUAGCUCUAUUAUAUGUAUUACCCUUAUUUUCGAUUCUGUGUGAAGCGAGGAAUCUUAUAGUUAUACAAAGAUGUUUAUUAUAAUUUUUUUUUAUCUGUUAACAACUUUUUUACCAGAAGACUUGCUCAGAUUUCUAAAUGUAUCUUCUAAGCACCUUUUCUAAAGAGAAAUAGGUGUGCGGAGGUAUUUUAGGGAGGUAAUUUUUCAACUUUCUCAUAAAAUGUUUAAAAACCAAAAAAAAAAAAACAGGGAAAUGUACAAAAUAUAUUACUAAAAUAUUACUACAUUUUUUUCCUGCGCACAACCAAUAAUUUUGCUCCAACUUUUAAUGAUAGCAAUGUUUUUAAAAGGAAAUUUCACUAGGGAGGUAUAUUAAAAAGUUCAUUUCUUUUGAUUUUCUCAGAAAUUUUCUGCAAAUGUAAAAAAUUGAGAUAAAACAUGGGAAAACUAAGAAAACUUAGGAAAAUUGAGAAAAUCGGUACACCAUGAAACAAAUAUUAUUUAAGAAAAUAUUUAAAGCCUACUAUAAAAUGACUUAUAUUAGUGACAAAGCAUCACUAUCAAUGUAACUCUGCUCAGUCAUUUUUCGUAACUAAUGGUUUAUUGUUGCUUACAGAUAUACAUCAAAUUAUCUAUAACAGUGAAUGUUUUUUGAUAUUUUUGAUGCCCAUCAACGACAAGAUAUUCUACUUUUAAGAUUAAGCAGAGGGAGUAGUAGGUAUUAUUAAAACACCCCUUACUAUACUGCCACAUAAACAAAGCUUCACUACUCUUCUGUAGUGAGCCCAAGACCUAUGCGACUGUGCUCAUACAAUUUAUUUAAUGAUGGACCUUUGUCUAUUAGUGAAAGGAUAUGGAGAUAGAUAAUGGACAUGAUUAGAAGUUAAUACAAUUAAAACUUUAUUUGGUACAACUCAUAUAAUUUAGAAAACACAUAAAAAAAUGGAUCAUAGAUUCUUCCACAAGAGCAUGAACGUGGACCGACUUAACGUGAGAUGAUAGUGAUGAUUUAAAAUCCGUAAUGCUCUGCCUUUCGGUGUACAUCAGGAACUGUAUAUAUAGAGUUUUUCAAUAAGAGCUGGUCGAUAUUGAAAUGAAAUAAAACAAGCUAUGUCCAAGGUAUUAGUGAAAUUUUUUUUUUAUUUUAAAGUUCUAAGUAUGCCAAUUAUGUUUUGAAUAUAAUAUCAUUUAAAUGUCCGCCACGGCUUCUCACAGUGGCACGAAUCCAAGUGGUCCAAUUUUUAAUGACUGCCGCAUAGAUCCGGUUCAAUUUGAGCGAUGGCCUGGGUUAUGUUCACUUUAAGGUCAUCUGUCGAUUUCGGCUUAUCGGCAUAGACCUGCGACUUCAGGAAACCCCACAAGAAAAAGUCUAAUGGGGUCAAAUCACACGAUCUUGGUGGCCAAUUCACGUCUCAUCAGCGAGAGAUAACCAUACCCUCAAAUUUGCCGUUCAGAAUGGCUAUCGUGGCGUUGGAUGUAUGGCACGUAGCGCCAUCCUGCUGAAACCGCAUGUCGUCUACGUCCAUACCGUUCAUUUUGGAAAAAAAAAAUCGGUUAUCAUCGUUCUGUAUCGCUCACCAUUGGUGAUGGCCUCACCAACGUCAUUUUCAAAAAAGUACGGAUCAAUGAUACCGCCGGCCCAAAAUCCGGGUCAGUUGGAUCUUAUAUGGGUGUAAGCCCUUAUUCGCAAAAUUCUCCAAGUUGAAGACUGUGACAGACCGAGUUCUUGUGCACGGCGAGGAAUUGACUGCCUCGGGUUCUCCUGCACGCUUUCACCGUACCGCGGCGAUAUUCUGGACCGAUCUGGCGUUUCUUUGACGUACGGGUGUUAACUGAUCGUUUACCGAACCAGUUGUCUCAAAUUUCGACACCAAACGUUGGAGAGUCGACUUUGAAGGAUAAGGCUAUACAGCGCAGAUAAGAUCGGCCCGCUCUAAUUGGAAAACCCUAUAUAUGGAAUCUAAACCAACUUCCUGAAGCUUGUCUAAUAGUAAAUAAGGAAAUAAUAAGGAAAAAAGAAGAUGGUUAGCGACCCCUGCAACUAUCGGAUAGUAUAUUGAUGUAGAUAUCGUCCCUUGUAAUACUAUAUUUAAUAUGUUUACUACACUCUCUUACCCAAAUUUAAAAGUGGAAUAUCUUGUCAAUGAGUUAACGGAAAUCAAUAAAUUUCAGCAUUUAUUUAAACUAAUAUUCAAUCUAUUUAUGAAAUUUUUAAUAUAGCUUGUUAUUUGAAAAUCAAAAAUGGUAAUUAUGUAAUAUUUCAGAACUGUUUAUGCAGCUCUAAAAUUUUAGAAACAAUUAUUUUUCAAAUUGUUAGAGAAAAUAAUUGAAAAUUGAAAAAUCAAUAUUUUCCGUAAUGAUGAGUGUCCCUACUUAAAUGGAUUACAUCAUCUUGUAUAAUACCUAUUAUUGUAAUAUAUUAAUAACUUUUCAAAUUUAAAGUUUACUACAACUUGGAUGAUGAAAAGGAGGACUUAAUCUUUAUCAACAUUACGCUGCUCAAGAAAAACUUUUACCGUGAUUGGGAGAUCAAAGUGAGUAUCCCUGACAUAGUGUAACUAGGGGGGCUGGAUCUGAGGAGUGUAGCCUCCCAAAAAUUACUAAUAGGUUCCCUGAAAUUAAUAUUUAUUUGUUCUUGAAUUAAAUGAAAAAUAAUUAUUUUCACUAUUCCUAUUACUGAAACAAAAUAAUGUAUGGAUAUAUAUUAUCGUGCAUAAUAAUUGUGACUAAAAUAAAAUGUUUGACUACUCAAAGUCAAGAUUAACUUCUGUGAUUAUAUUAUCAUAGCUUGUUUACUAACCAUAACACUAAUUUAUUCUGCUUAGAUUAUAUAUAAAUAGAUCCUAGUAUAUCAUGGUCUAUAACUUCUGUAUCCUCUUCUUCAACUCGUGUUGUGGCCACCAUUAUCGCUGUUUGUUCUCGUACUUUUCCUAGUUUAAUUUAAUAUGUCUGUGGAUUACUGAAAUAAAAAGUGUUUGGCCUUAUUAAAUAUCAAAAAAAAAAAAAAACAAUCAAAUUCAUGAUGUUCAACCCUACUUUGAUGCAAAGAUUAAAAUGCAUAUUGUGUUCAUGAAGAAAUAAUUAGUUUUGAUCACCUUGUGCGAGAUGGUUCAAGUUAUCAUUAUAAUUUCCUCAACAACAUCUAAACAUUUUCUGCUAUGAAGUGAAGAAAUACCUACUUAAGGUCUACAAUAGAUCAGGAUUAAUUCAGUAAUUUAUCCAUAAUGAGUAAUAAAAGAGAUAUAGUAAUUGAUUCUGAACAAAUUGUACAAUAUUUAUAGCUAUAAAUAAAAUAAAAAUAAAAUUUGAAUAAUUUGUGUUUACAUCAAUUUUAUUAAAACUAAAAUAUUUUUAUAUUUUUGUAGUGUUUAAAUUUUAAAAUGUGUAGGGGUUGUGGGGUAUUUUGCCCCUCACAGAUCACCUUUGGUUUAAUAUUAUGGUAGGGCUGUAGCAAUUUCCCUAAUAUUUAGGGCUAGAUGUGCCACUGAUGUUGAUUAGAUGGAAAUUUUCAAGACAUUUUUAUCUAUUUUUUAAAUUUGUUUAAAGGUAACACAGCUGAUGGAACAUCAAAAGGUGCCGGACACGUGCCUUCAGUUCUUCGAAGAGGUAACAGGAAAAGUGCAGAUGACUAAUAUCACACUCAACGGCCGGGACCUAAACAAUGGCAAAAAUAACAGAAUUUGCAUUUUGCAUAAGCCGCGUAUGUAAACUACAUAAUAUGAAAUAGCCAUAAUUAUUAAAUAAUUUAAUAACACACAAUUGCUCUAUCUCUUGUUUCCAAAUAGAUAUGUGUUCUAUUACUUACCAGCCAUGCAUCAAACAUGUAAUCAAACCACAGCCUGGUAAGUAUUUACGAUUAAUAUCCACCCCUAUAAAAACAUUAUAGUCUUUCAUAGACUUAGAGGUAUAAUUAAUAUUUAAUCACAAAGGAACGGAGAAAAAGUUUGUUAUAUGAGUUCUUAAGUCCUGUAUCCGUCUUCUAUAUCUAUGAUAUAAUUUGUUUCAUAAAUUAUUGAUUACUUAUUGCCUUGGUCUUCCUCUCCUUAGUUCUCCCUCAAAUUUCCCUUCCAUUAAUAUAGUUAUCCAUAAUAGUAUAUUAUUCUUCGUGUGAUAACAUCAAUUUUUUUUUUUUCAUCAUUUUAUAUCCCUCAUUGUUACUUUUAUAUACUAGAGAUUUUUAAUUACCUUCGCCAAUACCAAGAUUUAAAAGUUUUAUUAGUCAUCUAUUAGAUAGAUUCUAUCCCACUAACCUCUUUUUUUUUUCUCCAGAUAGAUUUCCCCCAAAAUCACAAAAUACUUUUAUGUAUUUAAUAAUAAUUACGUAUCACACUAAGGCUCAGAUUUCAAUGCUAUGUGCAUUUUUUUGUAAUUCAUUUGAAAUAUAUAAUUCGAAUGUAAAUUUUUGUUUCCAUUUUUCACUGCUUUUCUAUUUUAUAUAUUUAUUUAUUUUUUGGGGAGGUUAAUUUUUAAAGGCAAAUUAUUUUAGUUUAAUCAAAUACUUUUUUUUUUAGUUUUUACUACAUAUAAAUUUAGGCCUUUCCUAUUUUAAUAGUUGAUUUUUUAAUUCAUUCACAAUAAUUAUGGUGAUUUCAGAUUCUUUUUUAAAUGGUAAAACCAUUCAGUUUGGACUUAAUUUAUGGGAAGAGAUUGUCGAUGACAAUACUGGUUUUUGUCAAGACUACCAGCAAAAAAUUUGUCGCUAUCGACCUUGA